GAGGAGAGCGAGGAGAAAGGGGACAAGGACUUCAAACACCGCACUGUUACUCUGACACACCAGAGAGAAAAGAGUUUCCUUAUUUUCCUAGUCACCAUGAAAAUGGUCAUCCAAAUCUUGUGCUUCUUCCUUUUAAUAACUUUUUACAAAUGUGCAGUCAUCACUGGGGCGUGUGAGAGGGAUCUGCAGUGUGGAGCUGGGACAUGCUGUGCAAUCAGCCUGUGGCUUCGAGGGCUCAGGAUGUGCACUCCGCUGGGACAGGAAGGAGAUGAAUGCCACCCAUUCAGUCACAAGGUCCCUUUCCUUGGAAAACGCCAACACCACACCUGCCCGUGUUUGCCAAACUUUAUAUGCUCCAGGUUCAUGGAUGGCCGAUUCCGGUGUUCAGUAGACUUCAAGAACAUAGACUUUUAGCAAACAGGAUGUCACUUCAGAGCCCUUCCCAGCUGGAGAACCGGGCAGCACUGCUCUCUGAAAUGAGCACCACCCAAUGCCUCUUUAUUUCUCUUCGCCAUCACCACGUAUUCUACACAGUGAGUGUAAAGACAAAAUUUGGGCAGAGGGAGAUUUUCAAAGGCACAAAUAACAUUGAGCACUGCCCUCAGUAGAUCGCAAAGUGCAUUACUAAAGAGGUUAGGAUCAUUAUCCCCAUUUUAUAGAUGGGGAAAACUGAGGCACAAGUAGGCAAACUGACUUACCCAUGGUCACUCAGCAGAGCAGUGGCAGA